UGUGCCAUCUCUGCCCCCUCUAGAUUUGCAAUUGCCCAGUCACUCAGGCCAAUAUUAGCUCUGUCUGGAGCAGCAGCCUAAACAGCACCACCGUGCCCACUAUGAGACAGAGGGCAGCAGGGGAGCAGUCAAAGCACCUGGCGGAGGACACACUGUGGUUCAGCUUCAUGGGUACAGAGGCAAAGCUCCACUGGGUCUGCUGGUGUUCAUCGGAACAGCUGACAAGAGGCUCCUCAAGCCCCAUGCCUUCUACCAAGUGCACCGCAUCACGGGGAAAACCGUCACCACCCCUAGCAACGAGAUCAUGGUCAAUGGCACCAAGGUCCUGGAGAUCCCUCUGGAGCCCAAGAACAACAUGAGAGCAGUGAUUGACUGUGCUGGGAUCCUAAAGCUGAGGAACGCUGACAUUGAGCUGAAGACAGGAGAGACAGACAUCGGACGGAAGAAUACCUGUGUCCGUCUGGUCUUCCGGGUCCAUAUUCCCCAUCCAGGAGGACAGUAUGUCUCUCUUCAAGUGGCCUCCCUUCCCAUCGAGUGUUCCCAGAGGUCGGCCCACCAGCUACCCACUGUAGAGAGUCAGGACAUGGACCGCUGCUCGGUUCUAGGGGGACAGCAGAUGAUACUGACCGGACAGAACUUCACCUCUUAUUCCAAGGUGGUGUUCACGAAGAAUACACCUGAUGGGCUGCAGAUUUGGGAAGUGGAAGCAUCAGUAGACCGAGACAAAAGCCAAUCAAGCAUGCUGUGUGUCGAGAUCCCUCCAUAUCGAGAUCACACCAUUUAUCACGUGGCUAAAGUUAACUUCUAUGUGAUCAACGGGAGGAGGAAACGCAGUCAGGCGCAGCACUUCACCUACACUCCUUUAACAGUUCCCGCCAUUAAAACGGAACCCAUAGAUGACUUCCAGUUUAGCCAGCUGGGUUGUACUGUGUCCAAGGUCCUAGGAGUGUCACCCAAGUCCUACCACGACACCCCCAGUAGCCACUUUACCCCUAAUAGCCACAAGGCUGGCUUGACAACCUUAGCAUCCUGCCAGCAGGCGAGCCACCACGACUCCAUUGUCAGAUUGUCAGCCUAUCAACAACAAGACCCAUCUGUCUAUUACCCCAGUAAAAUCAGAAGCCUGGGCAGCAGCCCUGUUCUGUAUCAAGAUAUGAACCACCACCACCCAGUGAUGAUCCACUAUGGCUCCCCAUCUCAGAUGUCCUAUAUCGGUAGCCAGCACUACUCCACCCUAGUCUCCCAACCUUUCAACCCCUCUCACUCUGCCACCAAUCAGCGGGUUGUCAACGUUGCGGUCCCAUUGGCCCAACACCAGCAUGUCACGAUGGUGGGUGAUGGGUACCGGGCUGCAGCUUCAUCACGGAAGGUUGGUGCCUCGACAGAGGCCUGUUCAUCAGAAGGCCAGUACCAGAACUUCAUGCAGAUGGUGGUGCCAGUCUUGGGCACGUCUCCACGACUACCACCACGACAUAGCUCUACCCUGGCCCAGAGGGGUCCAAUAACGGGGAGCCAGAGUGGGCCAGUCCUGGAGAAGGUGAUGGUCAAGCAAGAAAACCUGAACCAAGCCUAUCUGGAUGAUGUGAAUGACAUCAUAAAGAAUCAUCUGACUGUCCACAGUAAAGAGCAGUCGUAGAAGAGCCAGGAGAAUUGUGACUAAAUGCCAUGACAGAAUUGUCUGAUUGGCCCCACCAUGACCUCAACUUCGUAUAUUGUGUAUGCAGUUAGGGGUAAAAAAAAAUCAAGUUAGGGGUAUGCAGUGCCUGAUAUCAUGGGUUAUCUUUUUAAACUGUUUAAUUAUUUCAGCAUGUGUAUCAUGUAUGUGGCCUCAAUGUACAGUAGACAGAUUUUUUUCAUUGUAAAUAGAAACAUCUUUAUGAAAAUCUCUGUAUUUACUAAGACAAUAUAGAAAAGACCAGAAUAUGAUUGAGACUGUAGUGUCACAUUUUUAAGGCUUCUCUGUCAUGUUGGCAAUCUAAUUAAAUUGUUCUGUUAUUUGAUUUGAUUUAGU